UGGACGUGUUUUACCGGUUUUCCUACUGCCCUUGGAUAAAUGCCGCUCCGUGAAGUCGAAUUCCCUUCCGAUCCUAAAGAUCUGGAACACACGACAGAACAGUUUUUGAUUUUCUACUCCUCGCGCAUAAAUGGGCAGCUAUGGUGUCCCGACUGUGUAGAAGUAGAUCGGACCAUCCAAGAUACCUUCGGCCCUGAGCAUGGGCCAUCCGCGGUGAUCGUCUAUGUUGGUCAAAAGCCUGAAUGGAAAACCCCAUCCAAUGUUUUCCGAGGCGAGCCCUGGCAAAUUACCUCGGUGCCCACGGUUAUCAAGGUGAAAGGCUCUGAAGUAGCUGGUCGACUCGACUCAGAGAUCAAUGCACGACUCGCUGAUUUCAUCCGAGGAUAAAGUGAUCGGGCCCCAUGAGUCAUGACGUCGAGUUUCAAAUACCAACUGGCCUUUGGAUUCAAUGUGUACAUAGUAGAAGCAACCGAAGGUCAAAAUUUUGAAUAAACUGAUGAAACUACUAAUCAAGGUCUGGCUACAAGAGACUAUGAAACUACUAGGAUGCGUUCCCUGACUUCCGCUCUUCUUCAAGACCCAUGCCGUCGGUACUAUGUCAUCUUUCCCCGAUUCUGAAUGAGCUCCAGUAUUGCCAUUGUCGAAACCAAGGACACGUCAGCCACAUCGGAGAAUAUGUAACCCGACAGUAGACACAUA